AUGAUGUUCACGACCACCGCUGGUCGUCCUUUGCACGGUUCGACGGCCAGCUUCAUCCGAAUCGCCCGCCACCAGGCCUUUCGUCGCCAUGCUUGGAGGGCCCAUGUUCGAUGGCUGUCCGCCGUCGCAGAGCAAAAGAAACAAACGACGCUUGCUCUCCCAUCCGAAGCACGAUACAACGAGAUAGGUGUCCAGCAACUCAGCUCCCACGUAUUUGAUCAAAUAUUUCCCAACGGAACCAAACCCCCCCCGCCAGAACUGGUCGAGUUAUCCAAGGAUCAUUUGCGCCGCCAUGACUUGCUUGGAAAGAACACGGGCAAAUCUGAUCCCAUAGCCUUCGACCUCCCACCGUUGCAGGGCGAUAACCUUGAUCAUCACUUUUACAAGCUCGGUCUCGAUUGCGCCGAGCCAUUUCUCUCCAACGCGAAGCAGUUUGCACGCGCCAACCCCCCUCCAAAACCGAGGCAAUGGGUUCGCGAAAGUGGUUGGACUAAAUACUAUCCCGAUGGACAGACCGAAAAGGUCGAUGUGCCUGAUGAAACCACGCUUUGCUUCGAUACCGAAGUCAUGUGGAAGGAAAGCCCAUUCGCAGUUAUGGCGUGCGCAUCGAGCCCAACCGCCUGGUAUGCCUGGCUCUCCCCAUGGCUCUUGGGGGAGACGGAAAACGACCGGCAACUAAUUCCUUUGGGUGACCCUACCAAGGACCGAGUUAUUGUUGGACACAACAUAGGUUACGACAGGGCCAGAAUCUUGGAGGAAUACAAUAUCAAGCAGACACGAAACUCUUUUUUGGAUACCAUGUCAUUACACGUGGCUGUCAACGGCAUGUGCUCUCAGCAAAGGCCGACCUGGAUGAAGCACAAGAAGAACCGUGAACUAAGGGAAAGGGCCGCUAGCCAAACCCCCGAUCAUGAGCUGGCCGAGCUUUUGAGCAACCAGGGCAUGCACGACGAGGAAGAACUAUGGGUAGAACGGAGCUCGAUCAAUUCUUUACGGGACGUCGCCAAGUUUCACCUCAACAUCUCAAUCGACAAGGCCGUCCGUGAUGACUUUGGGGAGCUGGAUCGUGAAGGAAUUCUGGAGAAGCUGGACGAGCUCAUGGACUACUGCGCUGCUGACGUGUCAAUCACCCAUCGUGUCUAUUCGAUUGUCUUUCCCAACUUUCUCCGGGUUUGCCCGCAUCCUGUCAGCUUCGCCGCCCUUCGACAUCUCUCCUCUGUCAUUCUGCCAGUCAACAAGUCCUGGGAUGCCUACAUUGCCAACGCGGAGGCAACAUACCAGAAGCUCUCGGAUGCAGUCCAGGAACGCCUUAUUGGUCUCACUGAAAAAGCACUCGAGAUCAAGAAUGACGAUGACAAGUGGGAAAAUGACCCAUGGAUGCAUCAACUCGACUGGUCCGGCCAGGAAAUCAAGAUGGUCAAGGGAAAGCGGAAGAAUGAUCCGCCAAGACCUGCGGCCAGGCAGAAGAAGCCAGGAAUGCCCAAGUGGUACAAGGACCUAUUCCAGAAGAACGAUGCGCCGAUCAACAUUACCGUCCGAACCCGCAUUGCGCCCCUGCUUCUCAAGCUUGCUUGGGACGGCCACCCUUUAUUCUGGUCCAACAAAUAUGGUUGGACCUUCCGAGUGCCGCGGCAGGACACUGCGAAAUAUACGGCCAAGUCGAUGGUCAAAUGCAUCUUUGAUGAAACAGAUGCCCGUCUGCGUGAUGACCACGCCCAUGCCUUUUUCAAGCUUCCGCAUAAGGACGGUCCAACCGCGCGCUGUACGAACCCGAUGGCGAAGGGCUAUCUAGCCUAUUUCGAGAAUGGUACCUUGUCAUCAGAAUAUUCGUAUGCCAAAGAAGCGCUGGAGAUGAACGCAUCAUGCUCCUACUGGAUCAGCGCAAGAGACCGGAUCAGGUCGCAGAUGGUUGUCUACCAGGAGGACCUCACAAAUGGCCAAUCUUCUCUUGAGACUGAGCCAAACAGCACAAGCGAGACGAAAGCCGCCAACACUGACGGGUUCAUAUUGCCGCAGAUCAUCCCCAUGGGUACGAUUACUCGGCGAGCAGUCGAGAAUACCUGGUUGACAGCUAGCAACGCCAAGAAGAACCGUGUGGGAUCUGAACUCAAGGCGAUGGUCAAGGCUCCCAAGGGCUAUUGCUUUGUUGGAGCUGAUGUCGAUUCACAAGAACUCUGGAUUGCCAGUCUGGUGGGUGACGCGACAUUCAAGCUCCAUGGUGGUAACGCUGUUGGGUUCAUGACGCUGGAAGGCACGAAGUCUCAGGGGACCGAUCUCCAUUCACGGACAGCAUCCAUCCUAGGCAUUUCGAGAAACAAUGCCAAGGUGUUCAACUAUGGUCGCAUUUACGGUGCUGGCCUCAAGUUUGCGGCGACCUUGCUGCGCCAGUUCAACCCCGACCUCUCAGAAAGGCAGACAACAGAGACGGCUUCGAGGCUGUAUGCCAACACCAAGGGUACCAAGACGAACCGCAAAAUUCUCUACAAGCGCCCGUUCUGGCGAGGAGGCACUGAGUCAUUUGUGUUUAACAAGCUGGAGGAGUUUGCUGAACAAGAGAGACCAAGAACACCAGCGUUGGGUGCCGGAAUCACCGAGGCACUCAUGAGUCGGUACGUCAACAAGGGCGGUUAUCUGACAUCUCGCAUCAACUGGGCCAUCCAGUCAUCAGGAGUCGACUAUUUGCACCUGCUGAUUGUCGGCAUGGAUUAUCUUAUCAGGCGGUUCAACAUCGACGCUCGUGUCGCUAUCACAGUGCACGAUGAAAUCCGCUACCUAGUCAAGGAGGAGGACAAGUACCGCGCGGCCCUUGCCCUUCAGGUUGUCAACGUCUGGACGCGAGCCAUGUUUGCUCAACAGGUUGGCAUCGAAGACCUUCCUCAGUCGUGUGCUUAUUUCUCUGCGGUGGACAUAGACCAUGUUCUGCGGAAAGAGGUGGAUAUGGAGUGUAUCACACCAAGUCAUCAAACUCCAAUUCCCCCUGGAGAGAGUAUCGACAUCACAACUCUACUCGAGAAGGGUGAGGCAGCCAGGCUGGACCCUGCCGUGGUGCCUGAUGCAAGGUACGCACCCAAGCUGGAUGAUAUCGAGUAUACCCCCCGCGUACCUGUGAUGCAGGCCAUUCAGGAAGCAACGGAGGGAAGUCUGCCUUUCCUCAAGGCCCAAAUCGUUGAAACUGAUGAGGAGCUGCGAGACAUAAUCAAGGACGUCCGCGCAGUCGAGCUGGCAGCGGCCAAGAAAGACAAGCCCAUGACCAAAAGGCAACUGAAGGGUGUCUUGCCGUACCACGCCUAUCCGAAGCUCGUUCCUAUGAAAGAGCCCAUGUCGGUAUCGGAGGCCAUUGGUACGAAGUACCAAAACGGCUAUCAUGCUGAGAAAAAGGGGUGGUUGCACCCGAACUCAAACAAAGGCGCAAGGUCAAACUGGGGGCUAUGAGGAGACUGUGCUUACAGAGUGUCUCUUCUUUCGAGGCUUGACUCGUCAACAUGUAUAAUUUCUUUUGUGCUGUCUCUUGGGCGAUGUAUUAUAGGCUUUUGGGGUUGUGUUGUACGACAGUGUAUGAUUGCAUCUGGGUUCGGUGUUGGUGGUUGGGUGGUUCUUGGUUCUUAUGACGAUGAGGGCGGAAAAGGUCAUGGAUGGAUGAUGCCUAUGCUGUGUAUGGCUGUAUUAUAUGUAUCUUGGCUACCUACUUGUCGUAAUGUAUCCAGUUAAUGAGCCCUCG